AUGAAUAAUCACAACCAGUCCCUAUCAGCUGUAACUCAAUCAAUGACAAAACAGGCAGUCUCGAGUCCUCUAACACCACCAAGGAUGCCAGAACAAAAUCCGACCACACCAAUGAUAAAUUUUACUUUGGAAAAUAUCAAAACUGAGCAAGGUAAAGAUAUUGAUAUUCAACUCAUUAUCGCAGAUAUUCAUGCUCAAAAGAAAAAGGACAACUUUAUUCUUUACAACAAAAUUUUAUUUCGUCUUGCAGCCAAGAGAAAGCAUGGCACCAAGAACAAAGUUCCAUACGUACCGUCAUCAAUGAUUCACGCCGUACUGAAAGCAUUUCAUGAUCAUCCAAUGAGUGGGCAUUUUGGAGUAAAACGCACGUUAUAUAAAAUUCGUACUCGGUUUUGGUGGCCAAAUAUGCGUAAAUCAAUUGAGCAUUACAUCUCAUCUUGUCAACAAUGUAGGAAAUUCAACAUCCUACGCAGUAAAACUCCAGGUCAUCUCAAAUCAUUUGAUCCACCAACGGAUGUUUUUCAAAUACUACAUAUGGAUNUUUUGCCAUUUUAA